GCAUGGAAACGGAGAUGGAGGCGCAGAGCGCGGGGGCCGAGGACGGCUUCACCCAAGUCACCCGCAAGGGUGGCCGGCGGGCGAAGAAACGGCAGGCUGAGCAGCUGUCCGCCACGGGGGAUGGCGGGGACGCGGGCCGCAUGGACACGGAGGAGGCCCGGCCCGCGAAGAGGCCCGUUUUCCCUCCCCUCACCGGGGAUGGAUUCCUGAGUGGGAAAGAAGAAACAAGGAAAAUUCCAGUCCCAGCUAACAGAUACACGCCAUUAAAAGAGAACUGGAUGAAGAUAUUUACUCCUAUUGUAGAACAUUUGGGACUUCAGAUACGGUUUAACUUGAAGUCGAGGAAUGUAGAAAUUAGGACUUGUAAAGAAACCAAGGAUGUUAGUGCACUGACAAAAGCAGCUGAUUUUGUGAAAGCCUUUAUUCUUGGGUUUCAGGUGGAGGACGCACUUGCCCUCAUUAGGUUGGAUGAUCUCUUCCUAGAGUCUUUUGAAAUUACAGAUGUGAAACCCCUAAAGGGAGACCACCUGUCAAGGGCAAUAGGAAGAAUCGCUGGCAAAGGAGGAAAAACCAAAUUCACCAUAGAGAACGUGACACGGACACGGAUAGUUUUGGCUGAUGUGAAAGUUCACAUCCUUGGCUCUUUCCAAAACAUCAAGAUGGCAAGAACUGCCAUUUGCAACCUCAUUCUGGGAAAUCCUCCAUCAAAGGUUUAUGGCAAUAUCCGAGCUGUGGCUAGCAGAGCAGCAGAUCGAUUCUGAUUUCAAAUCAGAGACCUUUUGUCUUUGGACUCUAGAGAAAAAGCCCUUGCCCUCUGCACAUGCUUAUGAGAAACCA